AUCGGCCAUUUCGACCGAGCAGGCGAGCGAGGCACAAGUCUGAGGCGGAGUAGGCCAGGGGAAGUUUAAUUAAAAACCUUACUGAUUAAACAAUUAAUUAUAUAUAAAAAAAAAAAACAUCCAAGAUGAGUGAGACCGCCAUUUCGUUCGCUAAGGAUUUCCUGGCAGGAGGAAUCGCAGCUGCUAUCUCCAAGACAGCCGUCGCUCCCAUCGAGAGAGUCAAGCUUCUCCUUCAGGUCCAACAUGCCAGCAAGCAGAUCACAGUUGACAAGCAGUACAAGGGCAUUAUCGACUGUGUGGUGCGCAUCCCCAAGGAGCAGGGCUUUGUGUCGUUCUGGAGAGGCAACCUGGCCAACGUGAUCCGGUACUUCCCCACUCAGGCACUCAACUUCGCCUUCAAGGACAAGUACAAGAAGGUCUUCCUUGAUGGCGUAGACAAGCACAAGCAGUUCUGGCGCUAUUUCGCGGGCAACCUGGCGUCCGGAGGUGCCGCCGGAGCCACCUCGCUGUGCUUCGUCUACCCCCUCGACUUCGCCCGAACCCGUCUGGCUGCCGACGUCGGCAAAGCCGGUGCUGAGAGAGAGUUCAGCGGGCUGGGCAACUGCCUGGUCAAAGUGUUCAAGUCUGACGGACUGAAGGGGCUGUACCAGGGCUUUAACGUGUCCGUGCAGGGAAUCAUCAUCUACAGAGCGGCCUACUUCGGCAUCUACGACACCGCCAAGGGUAUGCUGCCCGACCCCAAGAACACCCACAUUGUGGUGAGCUGGAUGAUCGCUCAGACUGUAACUGCCGUCGCUGGUCUCGCAUCCUACCCCUUUGACACGGUCAGACGUCGCAUGAUGAUGCAGUCCGGACGCAAAGGAGCCGACAUCAUGUACACCGGCACCAUCGACUGCUGGAGGAAGAUCGCCCGCGACGAAGGCUCAAAGGCGUUUUUCAAGGGCGCCUGGUCCAACGUGCUCCGUGGCAUGGGAGGCGCUUUCGUCCUCGUCCUGUACGACGAGCUCAAGAAGGUCAUCUAAAUGCCCCCUUCACGUCCAUCACAGUUUUUUUUUUUUUUUUUUUAAAUAAUGUAAAGUUCACCACCAACAAAAUAAACAAGAAGGAAAAAAAAAUCAAGAAAAAAAAAACGAAGCUGAAACGGUUAAACCAUGUCACUUAGAGAACCUGCUGUUCUGGCCGGACUCUUCUGCCUCAUCUGCGAGGCCCGAUUAGUACCGCUGCUGCUGCUUGUUCAGACGAUCCAGAGGUGGUGUUUAUUUAAACAGUGUGUGUGCGCGCAUGUGUAUGAUGUGGGAGCCGUUCUCUUAGUCUGUUAGUUAACAUUUUAUUCUCCCGGUCCAAACCACUUGUCCUCGGUCUUCAUUCCAACACGUGAUAAGCAAGUCCUGAAUGUGUUCGCCCUGUUGUCCACUCCGCCAGUUUUUAAAUCAUGACUUGAAUAAAUUCAACCUACUGAAAAAACAAAAAAA